GGUGCCUUCUUCGCAGCUUACCCGAUGGAGUGGUUCGGACGCAAGCGGACAUUCGGAGUGUGCGUCUUGCUGACGGCAUGCUUCAUCUUCAUUCAGUUCUUCGCCCGAUCACUCCCUGUGUUGCUUGUCGGAGAGCUUUUGGGUGGACUGGUGCUCGGCACCUUCGCGGUGAUUGCGCCGACAUACGCAUCGGAGGUAUGCCCGGUGCCACUUCGAGGCUUUCUGACUUCCUGGAUCAAUCUGUGCUUCGUUAUGGGCCAGCUCAUCGCCAACGGGGUGAUCGCCGGGACUUCGCAGCUCAGCACUCAUUGGGCGUAUAGCGCGCCCUUCGCCUCGCAAUGGUUUUGGUGCCUAAUAAUCUUGAUUGGCUGGCCCUUUGCGCCAGAAUCUCCGUGGUACUUGGUGCGCAAAGGCCGUGUGGAAGAUGCCGAGCGAGCAUUACGGCGACUCGCUUCGGCCAAGAUUGAUGUUAAGCCCACGCUGGCCAUGAUCAUUGAGACAGACCGCUUGGAGUACGAGCUAGAAGCCGGAUCCACAUACAUGGACUGUUUCCGCAAGAUCAACCUGCGUCGUACGGAGAUCGCCAUCGGCGUCUACAGCAUCCAAGUUAUAUCUGGCAUCUACCUGGUUGGUUACGCAACGUAUUUCUUUGAAUUAGCUGGCCUGCCGACCACGAAGGCAUUUGACAUGAGCAUAGGCUUCUUGGCGCUCGGCUUCGUCGGUACCUGCUUCUCAUGGGUCCUCCUGCUUCACUUUGGGCGUCGUGUGAUUUACAAUUCCGGCCUUGCGCUUCUAGUCGUUCUGCUCAUCAUUAUUGGCAUCCUGGAUUGCGUACCAAACUACAGCCAGCGCUUUGGCGUCAUCUGGGCGCAAUCCAUACUCAUGUGCAUAUGGAACUUCUGCUACGACUUCUCUGUUGGGCCGAUCUGCUUCGUCAUACUGUGCGAGGUAUCAGCGACCAAAGUGCGGAGCAAGACCAUCGCAGUUGCAACUGCUGUGCAAGCGGUCCUCGGCAUCGCCAUGACCAUAGCGAUACCUUAUCUUAUCAAUCCUGACGAAGCGAAUGCAAGAGGCAAGAUUGGGUUCUUCUUCGGUGGACUGGCCGCUAUAGCUCUGGUAUGGUCGUACCUGAGGGUUCCUGAAACUCGAAAUCGAACUUUCGAGGAGUUAGACAUCAUGUUCUCCAGGGGCGUGGCCACAAAGCAGUUCAAGGUGUACCAAGUGGAUUAGCGAGUAAAUAUUGAUGGUCGCUGUGGCGAUCGUUGCGGCAAGAUCGCUGUGAUGCCUUCUCCAAGCUCAUAACUUUCUUAAACUUCCCUGUUUCGUCCGCCACAGUCAAACUCAUUCUCGGCUCCAGCCAUGUGGAUAUAGUCACAGAUACAGGCGCUAACUCGGGGUGGGCAUAGCAUGGCGUAGCGCCCUACUGAGGAGAGUGUGGUAUAUUGGCAACAGCACCGACUUCAUCAGUCCACGACACCGCCGAUUCUAUUCCGCUAUCUCAGACAUGCAGCGGGCGUGCCCACCCGUCCCAUCCGCAGGACCUCUUAUUCUUCGUCCACUGGCUGUCCGUCGACAUGAUGGGACUCGGAGGCAGUUGGCCGAGUAUCUGACGACAGCGUAGCUGAAACAUGCUCUGCGCAUU